GGUCACCGCGGGGUCUCUGCCAGCCUGGCCAUGAACCUGGAGCCGCCCAAGGCCGAGAUCCGGCCGGCCACCAGGGUGAUUGGGGGGCCCGUCACUCCCAGGAAAGGGCCCCCCAAAUUUAAGCAGCGGCAAACCAGGCAGUUCAAGAGCAAGCCCCCCAAGAAAGGCGUCCAAGGGUUUGGUGACGACAUCCCCGGAAUGGAAGGCCUGGGAACAGACAUCACUGUCAUCUGCCCAUGGGAGGCCUUCAACCACCUGGAGCUGCAUGAGCUGGCCCAGUACGGCAUCAUCUAGCACUGGACCCCGGCCCUUGACCCCUCCAUGCCGCUGCCCUUUCUGACCCCUGCUCAGGAUUCCUGUGAGCAGGGCCGCCCCCCCACCGGAGGGUUCCAGAGUGUCCAGAGAUUGUGUCUGGAGAUCCCCGCAAGGCGGCGACCUCAGGCCCAUGGAAGCUAGUUGCCAGGAGCCCACCAACUCCCUGCAGGAUAUCCUCUCCGGCCGGCCAGGCCUGGCUUAACUUCUAGAGACACUGGUCCACAGACCCUCUCCUCCCAUGGCUGGAAAGCUAGGGCAGGCCUCCCAGGAGUGUCCCCUGUCCUGCCUGUCUGGGGGUGAGGACAAGCUUCCCCCACUAGCCCUUCCCAGCUGAGGCCCUUGCACUGGCGGAGUGGGUGGCAGGAGUCCUGCGGGCGUCA